AUGAAGAUUAACCCUUCACUCCUUACCGCAGCCGGCCUGGUGUCGGCCCAAUUGGCCUCUGCCCUUCCCCAGGCGUCAUCCUCAACUGUCUCGCCCAGUCCAACUCCAUCUGCCACCCCCGGUUCUUUCGCUACCACCUCAGGCCUUAAUUUCGUGAUCGAUGGCAAGACAGGAUAUUUCGCCGGUUCCAACUCAUACUGGAUUGGAUUCCAGAAGAACAAUGAGGACGUGGAUCUCGUGUUCAGUCACUUGCAGGAAUCCGGACUCAAGAUCCUUCGUGUUUGGGGGUUCAAUGAUGUCAAUGAAAAGCCCACUGAUGGCUCGGUUUACUACCACCUGCUGGCAGAUGGUAAGGCAACCGUCAAUGAGGGCGAAGACGGCCUCCAGCGACUGGACUACGUAGUCUCCUCGGCAGAGAAGCACGGCAUUAAAUUGAUCAUUAACUUCGUCAACUUCUGGGAUGAUUACGGUGGUAUCAACGCCUAUGUCAAGGCUUUCGGUGGGUCGAAGGAGGAAUUCUACACCAAUGACGCCAUGCAGGAAGCCUACCGCGCUUAUAUCAAGGCAGUCAUUUCGCGGUACAGCGACUCUGCCGCUAUCUUUGCAUGGGAACUGGCCAAUGAACCCCGUUGCCAGGGCUGUGAGACUACCGUGUUGUACAACUGGAUCGAGAGUACCAGCAAGUAUAUUAAGUCGUUGGACUCGAAGCAUUUGGUUUGCAUUGGUGACGAGGGCUUCGGCCUCGACACUGGCUCGGACGGAAGCUACCCGUACCAAUACUCUGAAGGGAGUGACUUCGCCAAGAACCUGGCUAUUCCCACGAUCGACUUCGGAACCUUCCAUCUCUAUCCGAGCAGCUGGGGAACCACGAACGACUGGGGCAACGGCUGGGUCACCUCGCACGGGGCAGCCUGCAAGGCGGCUGGAAAGCCUUGCAUGUUCGAGGAGUAUGGAGUGACCUCGGACCAUUGUGCCGUUGAGAAACCCUGGCAAAACACGGCACUCAACACGACGGCCAUUUCAGCGGACCUCUACUGGCAGUACGGAGAUCAGUUGAGCGGUGGACAAUCGCCAGACGAUGGCAACACCUUCUACUACGGAACCGACGAGUUCAAGUGUCUCGUGACUGACCAUGUUGCGGCUAUCAAUAGUCGUAAGUGA